UACUGAGCACACUGCAUAUACUACUUAGUAAGUAUAAUAAUAUGAAGCGAAAAUAGCGUGCUGGAAUUCCCACGCUUGAUCUCCAUCAGCGACGAAGCUGUCAGGCUUGUCAUAUUUUAUUACAGCACUUCCUCCUCAGCCGGCCUGCAACAGUACGCUUCUAAAGCCUACUUUGUACUUGGACCUUCCCCUCUUUAUCAUGGCCCUUCGUUUUCAGUCCAAUGUCGACUUCACUGACGUUCCGAUCCCAACUACAACUCGUCCAAAUGUACCUUCCUCUGGCGCUACCAUUCGCCGUGCCAAAACUUUGACUCGCCCAGAGCGAUCCGUAGCACCCGUUCCUCUCAUUAACUCACAUCCAGCAAUCGUCUCCGACUCGAGCUAUAAUGGGUCACAAGUCUGGCGGAUAACUUCUCGCGUUCUUACCUGCUGGGCUCCAGAUUUUCUGCUGAGCUCAUUGGGUGGCUUAAAGGACAAAAAUGUUAGACAGGCAUGGAGGGAAAAGAUGACGCUAUGUUUGAUUAUACUGGUAAUGUGUGGCCUCAUUGGCUUUGCGACUGUUGGGACACAGCGGGUUUUGUGUCCACAGAAUGCAAGUUCGCAGACGCAAUUCCUCCGUUUGAAUUCGACACCUGGCACCCUUGGUGUUCUCGGGCAUGUUUAUAAUGUUUCCUCUGCAAAAUCCAGUACCGUCAACCUACUUGGCCUCUCUGAAGCAUCUUCUGGACAGGACAUUACUCAGUAUUUUAAUAGGGACGCUUCGGACUUUGGUGAAUGCUCUGGACUUUCCUUCCGAGUUGCCCUAGAUGCUCCUUGUUCGACAACCAAUCCUUGCACCCUUGGGAAUAUUAAUUCCAGCUCCACCUUCACUAGUCUCGGUAUGCAGGAUACUGGUGCGAUCGUUGGUUAUUCUUGGGAACAAGUCACCACCCUCCAGAACUAUUUCGUGAUUGAUGGCGCUGUUCUCAACCUAACCACAUACAUGAAUCUUCACCCCACGUCCGUUCCGACCGACAAUGUAGACGCUGCUCUGCGCACGUUGUUGCAAGGGUCUACCUCUGUACGUGGCAGGGACGGUACUCGUCUAUUUUACAGUCGUUCCGAUCUCGAAUCUGCUGUGCCAUGUCUCAAGCAGCGAUAUUAUGCCGGCAAUAUCGACAAAGUUACACCUGGAUGCUUCGCUUCUCAAUUGAUACUCUACGCCGGCCUAAUUGUCAUCCUCGGUCUUGUUCUCAUUCGUUUCCUAAUGGCUUGCAUAUUCAGCUGGUUCCUAUCGGGUCGUCUUGCUGGUGCACCUGAUAGCGACACUCUUAAUAGGAAUGCCAUCAGUCCCGCCGUCAUGCCGGAGGGGGCCAAUGUUUCUAUUGACAAUAAAAAUGGGACAGCACCAUGGGCAGCCCCCGGAGGUGGUGCAAAGAAACUGAACAAGAAGGACUAUAACAAGUCUGACCGGUCUUUCGGUUCGUCUACUACCCUCACCAACUCCACCUCUGACAGCUCGGUUGCUCCUGUCAUGAGCCUAGCGUCAAUAGGUGCGGAGCUUUUUGCUAUCUGUCUAGUUACAUGUUACUCCGAAGGCGAAGAUUCGCUGCGAACGACCCUCGAUUCAAUAUCACGGACAACUUAUAGUGAUUCGAGAAAGCUGCUCUUUGUCGUCGCGGAUGGGAUGAUCACCGGCGCAGGUGAGAAGAAAAGUACUCCUGAUAUCUGUGUUGGUCUGUUGGAAGCAGAUCCGCGAUUUGGAAACCCUAUUCCUAUGAUGUACGAGGCGGUCGGGUCUGGGGAUAAGGGGAUCAACAGGGCAAUGGUGUACGCCGGGCAUUACACUGUUGCUGGUCGUCGAACCCCUACGGUCAUUGUUGUCAAGUGUGGUACAGAAGCUGAAGCUGCAGCUGGUCAUAAAGCUGGAAAUCGAGGAAAACGGGACAGUCAACUUAUCUUGAUGAACUUCUUCUCUCGAGUCACCUACAAUGACCGUAUGACGCCGUUGGAUUUCGAGCUCUUCCGGAAAAUACAUGUUCUCAUGGGAGUCACGCCAGAUUUUUUCGAAGUCUGCCUGAUGGUCGAUGCUGACACAAAAGUUUUCCCUGGUUCUCUUGGCUCUUUGGUCAAUUGUAUGCACCACGACCAAAUGAUUAUGGGUUGUUGUGGAGAAACCCGGAUAGCUAACAAACGACAGAGCUGGGUCACAGCUAUCCAGGUGUUUGAAUACUUCAUCUCUCAUCAAAUGGCUAAAGCCUUUGAAGCAGCUUUCGGUGGUGUCACUUGUCUUCCCGGAUGUUUCUCAAUGUUCCGACUAAAAGCCAGAAAGUCUAGUGGCGAUGACUGGGUACCUCUUAUCAUCAAACCCGAAAUAGUGAAGGAAUACAGUCAGAAUGAAGUGACAACCUUACAUCAAAAGAAUCUGCUUCUUCUUGGAGAAGAUAGGUUUUUGACCACCAUCCUCCUCCGAACGUUCCCGAAUCGCAAAAUGAUGUUCCUUCCGCAAGCGCGGUGUAGAACUGUCGUCCCCGAUACCUUCAAAAUGCUAUUGUCUCAACGCCGGCGAUGGAUCAAUUCUACCGUUCAUAAUCUCAUGGAACUUGUUCUCGUCCGCGACUUAUGUGGCACCUUCUGUUUUAGCAUGCAGUUUGUCGUAUUUAUGGAUCUUCUUGGCACGGUGGUCCUUCCUAUCGCUAUAUCCCUUACUUAUACAUUGAUUGCGGGAAUGGCUCUUGACCCUCCGAAGACAUUUGAAGAAGCCAUUCCACUUAUCCUCCUUGUCUCCGUGCUGGGUCUUCCUGGUGUCCUAAUUCUGAUCACAACCGGCAAAGUCGUUUACUGCUUCUGGAUGUUGAUAUAUCUGGCUGCCUUGCCGGUGUGGAAUUUUAUCCUUCCAAUAUAUGCAUUUUGGCAUUUCGACGAUUUCACCUGGGGGGAAACCAGAAAAGUGGAAGGCGAGGUGAAACAGGUUGAUCACAGUGCAGGUGGUAAGAAGCUUGAUAAUCAAACUGUGCCGUUACGGAGAUGGGAGGAUUGGGAACGAUCCCGACUUCGUAAGCAGCGUCGGGAGGAGCGAAGACGGAGAGAAUUUGAGCGGGCUCAUCCUGCAGGAUAUGUUCCUGGUGAAGAUGAUCUGCUGAGCGCCCGGGACGUCCGUAGUCAAUACGAUGGGUCUGAUGCCUACUCGAUUACUUCAUCAGAAGAUGAUCAUUGGGGUAUGCAGAUUGGCGGUUACAACGAAAACAGUACACAGUACCCUCCACCUCCGGUUGGACUGAUGCCAAAGGACCGUGUGAUGGAGUCGGCCAAGACUGUAGACGCAAGUGAACUAGAAGCCAUGCUAGAGUCUGGCUUCGAUGAGCGGGACAGACCCCCAACGGCACCCGCUUAUACUCCCCGUUUCCAGCUUUCGGAUAAUGGUUCCGCAACACAAUUGGCCACAGGGAACAACGGUUACGCACCGUUGACACGAUCGACAUCUCCUACUAAUACGCCCACUUCUCCAUCAUUUGGUGCAUCAAGAGCUGGUUCCGGAGGUGCACGACAACAUUAUGGUCCUUUGGGUCCUCUUGACCCCGCUACGAGACUGUGAAUCAGAAUGCGUGGACUUGUGAACGGACUUUUAACAUUAGGCUUUUCCUUCCGCAUUUCCGUAUAUCUCUUUGUAUCCACUAUACCCUCCCAUCCUUCGACCGCUCGCUUCCCCUGUUCGCUGUCUCUCCCUCUCUACGAAUCGCUUGCAAGUUUUUAGAGUCUCAUUUAAUACUUUAUCAGCGGUCUCACAUACAUAUUUGUUGGGUUGCAUAGUUGGAAGUUUAUCUUGUCGUAUAUAUACGCUCACUCGCAUUCUUUAGUAUGCAUUAUAUCAUGAACAGUAAAAUAUCUGCGCCAUUCAAAAAAUCAUGAGC